CAUAUUAUAUAUUCUUGUUAUUGUAAAUGUUUUUACUAAUAAUUUAUAUAUAACUAGCCAGCAGAUUUUCAUCCUGUUAUUUUAAUUUAAAUUUAUAUUUUCCAAUUGAAUUACUAAAGUAAUUACAAUAAUAAAUAAAGUUUAUUUUUCCAGUGUUUUUAAUAUCUUUAAGAAAACAUUUAGAUACUCUAAUUCCAUUGGUGAUAAUGGAUUGUGGUACAUAAACAUAUUAUGAUGUCCAAAGGAGAAAUAGAAGUAUUAAAAUCCUACCCUCAUCAUAAUACUUUGGAGUAUUGUGAAAACCGUCCUAAGUAUAGGCAGGGACGUAAACUUACUGCAGUUAAGGUUUAUACAGUGAAUGAUGAAUCACAGCAUUUAUUAAUUAGAGGAGUACCAUCUAUAAAUUUAUUUGAUGAAGUACAAAAACUAUGUAUACGUUAUGGACAUGUCUCAUGUAUUAAACAAGUUCAGUUUGAAGAACAAGAACAAUUUACUCAAUGUUUUCAUGUUAUAUAUUAUAACAUUCAAUCAGCAAGGUUUGCAAAAAAACAAAUUGAUACUAAAAAUUUUUUUGGUAGUAUUUUAAAUGUUUGUUAUGCCCCAGAACUUGAGAGUAUUCAACAAACUAAAAUUAAACUGCAAGUAAGAGAUGCUGAUGUUUCAAGACAGCUAGCUAAACUUGGAUGUCAAAAAAAUAAUAGAGAAUUAACAAAAUUGUCUAAUGAUCUGAACAUAUCAUAUCAAUUUCAAGAUGAUCUCAUUGUUAUAAAAAAUAACCGAUGGGUAGAAGGAGGUUUGAAGUGUUCCUAUAUUGAGCCCAAGCAUAAACAAUCUAAAAAAUAUAAGAAAACAUCAAAUUUACAAUUUAACAAUUUAAGUAAUCCAGUCUCAUUUAAUACUUCAAUUUGUUCCCAAUUAAUUCCUAGGCAAAUAUCAGUUCCAGUGACAAGAUCUACAGCAAAAAACAAUAAUCGUGUUAUAUUUCACAAUUCAAAAUGAAAUUGUUUAAAUAAAUUUUUAGUUUUUUGUUUACUUGAGACAAAUCUUUGGCUCACAAAUUUAUGCCAAGCAAAGACAUAUAACAAUGUAAAUUAUUUUCAAUGGAAAGUAAUUCUAUUAAGAAUUUAGUAUUAUCCACUUGACAAUGCUAAUCAAUACAACAAAAAUCCUAAUUUUUUAAAUAAAUUAUUGUAAUAUUCAGUA